AUGUCAUGCUCUGGAGACAUGUCCACCGUCUGUGGGGGUUCCGAUAGGCUCACGGUCUACAAGUACCAAGGCACGGACCUUACACCUGCUCCAGUCGUCCUCGAGUCUUACAAUGGCUUCGCGAGUCAAGGGUGCUACGCUGACUCAGUUCAAGCUCGCAUCAUGACUCCAAUCUCUCUGGAGGGCUUAAUGACUAUGGAAAAGUGUACUGAUGCUUGCGUCGCAGCUGGCUAUGAAGUGGCAGGCGCAGAGUUUGGACAAGAAUGCUAUUGCUCCUCAAGCUUACCCGCAGAGAGCUUCAAGGUGACAGAUAACUGUGAUAUGUCCUGUGCAGGAGACUACGCUCAUAUCUGUGGUGGCUCAAACAGGCUCAGUGCUUACCGUGAUCAAGGCACAGUCUCCUCCACCUCGACGCAAGUAAUGGAACCAUCGACCUCAGUGGGAUCCUCCGCUACGUUUUCCAGAGAUAAUUUGUCAUUAUCUACGGGCACUACCACCUCUGCAAUGCAAACGGCGACCUCUAGUUCCUGGCUCGACAUCGGCUGUACCACGGAGCUCAGUCUCGCUCCAGCUGCUACUCACUUUGAAAUGAAAUCUCUCGGCCACGUAUCCCAUGAGGCUUGCGGAAUUGCCUGCUUCCAGUACGACUAUAGCUACUUUGCGUUCAUUCACUUGACGGCACGUAAUAUUUCAUCUUGA